GUUUUGUUACCGCUGAUUCCAUUGAGCUGAUUCCCCCUUCACUACAUUGCUAGGCUACAUUAUAACCUCGAAUGGAUACAUCUGACGGGCAUUACAGGCUACAUUAUAACCUCGAAUGGAUACAUCUGACGGGCAUUGCAGGAGGGACAAAUAACGGUAUUUCUAUUGAAGGGAGUAUUGGCAGAUUAUGAAAUCUGACCAUUGCAUACAAUAUAUGUAUUUGAUGGAAUUUCCAUUUGUUUGCAAUGAAGACAUCUCAGAUGGAGAAGAUAAACGGACACAGGAAAGAAGCGGUAUAAUAUGCACUCUUGCAAGCAUCUCUUAAAUAACAUAAUUUCGGCGAAAAUGGUCGCAGAACUUUUGAGUUUUCCUUUAACUCAUCUUUCAAAUAUAUUUUCCUGACACCAUAAGCUACCCUGUUGCGAUACUGAGCUAUGGUAAUGGGUGAAACAGUGGGCGUUCAUAACCAGGGCCAUAGUCGAUAGUUAUAAGGCAAUGAAAGGAAACGGCUUUGCAUAAAUCCUACACCAGGACUGCUGCGUGAAGAUGAGAGGCUUGCCCUUCUACCAAGAGGACGAUGACAAUACAUCCACUGGGCAUGACCAAAACAUUGAUAUGGGACCUUGAAAUCCAUGCCCGAAUCCCUUUUGUCCUAUCUGCCCUUGGAGGGGGCGAGAUAGAGGAGACUUUCCUCUUUGACUCAAUUAUAAAGGAGAAGAGAUCGUUCACAUCUGAGAAAUGGAUAAACUCACCGUCAUAUCAGGAUGCCUCUUUCUAGCAGCUGAUAUCUUUGCUAUCGCCAGUAUUGCCAAUCCGGACUGGAUCAACACAGGAGAUGCAGCUGGUCAAAGGAGCUCCAGAAUGUACCGAGGCCUCAUCUAAGACCUUCUAAAUGUUGUGUUACACCUAUAGCCUUCCUGCUCUCUUUCUCCCUACAUCCACAUCAUCACUCUCCAAAAUACAGCUGCUGAUAAAUGAUCUGCCCUCUACUUUUCCGCCCCACCAUGCUCCUAUACCCCAUGUCCCUUCAAGGCAUAUACGCCUUCCUGUACCAGCUACUGACCCCCGUUGACAAAUAGUGUGUCAGACUGAGCGAUGUGAAGUGAGUGCCACUUAUCCAGCUAUGCCCUUGGAGGUCUGUUCAGCUCUCCACUCACUCUCUGUCUGUUAUAUGCAUCUGACACAGACCGACUGAGGCAUUGGUAUUUCAUCUACAGUCACCAGUCUGAGGGCAUGGUGAAGUGCAGCAGCAAAGGUUCCCUGACGGUAGGCCUGGUGCGGCAGUGCCAGACCAUCCACGGUCGUGACCGGACCUGUAUCCCCCCGCGGCUACCCCCAGAGUGGGUCACCACCCUCUUCUUCAUCAUCCUGGGCAUCAUCUCCCUCACGGUGACCUGCGGCCUGCUAGUGUUAUCACACUGGUACCGUGAAGCCACUCGUUACGCCCGCUGGAUUGCCUUCACUGGGAUGAUCCUGUUUUGUAUGGCGGCUCUUAUAUUUCCUAUAGGAUUUUACAUCGAUGAGGUUGGGGGACAGCCUUAUAAACUACCCAACAACACAGUGGUGGGGUCCUCAUAUGUACUCUUUGUUCUAUCUAUAUUUUUCACUAUAGUGGGACUACUGUUUGCAGGAAAGGUCUGCUUGCCUGGGUGACAUAUUGGACACUUAAGUGUCAUGCUUGCGUCGCCUCAUUAGCUAGCUUUUGAGGUGGCACCAUCGGUUAAGACGCUUAAGGAGGGCGGCUACGUGUGUUUUGUAAGGCAGAGGUCCUGAGUUCACGCCAGGUAUGGGCCAAAUCGUGAGGAAGUGGUACUGGCUAAGCAAGCAGCGUGACAGCAUGACGUUUGAAAAUGGAAGCCUGGAAGGGAAAAAUAGGAACUGUGAGAAACACACUUUCUCUGUGUUUGUGGAACUCUCUGAUGCACCUUUGGAUGACAGGUCUCUACAGCCCCUAGCCCUGGUCCCAAAAGCAGGUAGUAGGCACUAGCCUGUCUGUGGUCAUAGAUAUGGGAGGAAUGGACACCUAUCCAGUCCCUUCACAGAUCAGUGAACACAGAGGUUUUGUUCCACGAAUAGAGUGCCUUUUCGGGUAUAGUGUAACUUUUUAUUUCACCUGAUUUUAACAUUUUGUCAUAAAAAGCACGUUUUAACGUCAUAAGAAAUAUGUUUCUCCAACUCCUUUUGAAAAAAAAAUCUUUAAAAAGGAAUCAUUUCACCAUAUUUAAACGAGAGUUCAGUUGACGUAACAGGGUUGACCUUAAACCUGAGUGACAUGAAUCACUAAUCAAAUGAAAUAAAUAAUAAAUCUUCAGAAAU